CAAGCCCAAGCCCAGCACGGAGAUGUGACUUCCGCAUCCGCUACGUUUUCGAUUUCGCGGGUCAGCCAUGGAUGUAUUUAUUAAGAGAACGGGGUCCGCACAUAAAAGCUAUCGUUGUUUUAAUGGAACGGCAUUUUCACUGAACAUGCUAACGUUGAUUCAUAUUUUUAAACCAACAGUUUGUUAAUGGUUUCUUGCGUGUUUCCACGGCAGAACUAAGUCACCACAGCGCGACAUCCAGACACAAGCAUGUCACUGCUGUUUAUGGUUGAGCAAGCUAUCAAGUCAUGCAAAGCUGAACAAGCCAAGAUUAACGACAGUAUACAACUCUACAGAGAACUAUUACACACCUUAACGCCACAACCAAAGACGGACUGUGAUGAGUCAGAAUGUGCAGAUGGUGCUGCUAUAGACACAGUUACCUCACCAGGGGAGAAAGAAGAUAUGGAAUUGCUUGAGCGAGCCCUGGAGAAAGCCCUCCGUGUCCGCACUGGCACAGGAUCUUCUAAAAAAGCCUCAAAAAACCAAUCUGCACCUCGAAAGGAACCCGGCACCACAGCUGUCACAUCCAAAGAGGGAAGGCAGGCAUUUGCAGCUUCUAAAGGAAAUCAGACGACCACCAGAUCAACAUCUAAAUCUGCUGGUCUUGACAGAAAAGAGCCCAAAAAGCCUGGUGGAAUUGUGCAUCAACAGGCAGCAGCAGCAAGGAAAUCGCAGCAGGCUGUCUCAGCGUCUGGCUCUCUUGAUCGGGGUCAAUUCCACACCUCAACCCUCCACUCUAAAAACCAGACUGUUAGAAGCAACGUGCUGAGUGGAAACGACCUGUGCAGAGCUGCAGCUAUCUCCAUUCCUUCAGAUAACACAGUGCCUGCUUCACCCACACACAGGUCUGGAGCUCACAGUUUACUUCGACAGACUGGGAAAGCUUCUGAUCAAACUUCAAAAUGGAAAUCUCUGAGGAGCAAGCAAAACAGGUUAUGGGACAAAGUCGUUGCCCUACAAAGGAAACCUGCGCCUGGGAGGAGUCACUUCAUGGAGAGAAUGAGAGCUACGUUCCCCAAGGAUUGGCCAUGUGGCAGCCCAGAUCAGACCAGGGCUCUGGUCAACAGACUGACUCACACAGGGCAUGACCUCACCCAGCACUGCCAGACAAAAGAGCUUCUGGCCAAAGAGACGCCAGAAGCAGCCACAGAGCUGGGUGGUAAGGCAAACAAGAAUGACUUCUUUCUGACACUUGAAAGGUUGUCGAUGACAGCAGCACAACUCCAGUACUUUGCAUACCAAGCGAAACAAGAGUGGGAAACAUGGGAUCGAUGGAGGCCAGAGGCAGGUUGUCUUUGCCCCACUGGGGCAAAUGGUGCGUGGGGAGAUGGGAUGAUUGCACCCCUGCCCCUGACUAUAACCUACACGACAGAGGCAGAGUUCAGAAAACUGGAGAAGCUGAGGAUGAGGGUGGCACUGCUGCAACAGGAGCUGUACCUCGAGCAGGCUCUGUUGGACACUCUGUCCCCUCAUCUUUCGUCUAUAGUACCUGGGCCUGGAUGUCCCAACUUCGGUGUGCUGAGAGACAUGUACUCCCUGCUGGGUGAAGGAGGGGAGCAUUUCCCUGCCAUAGUCCUGGACUCAGGGACCCCAUGUCUUCAGGCUCAUCCUCCAUGUGUUCCAGUUUCUUCCUGGCAAAUCAACGUUUCUGAAGAGCUCACAUUGGAUGACGUGUGGAUGGCAGGGGCUGUGCCAGACUGGGCAACAGGUGGCGCUGGGUUCACACAGCAGGACGUGGGUGUUUGAGCCCUGCUGCACCAACCCUCAUGUAGGCUACACACAAACACGGGGACAUGCACACUCAAAGCCGGCUGAGUCACAAAGAUGCCUGGGGGCCUGGCUCUCUGCAUGCUGCAAGCUGGAAAUGGCAUGCUUCCCUAAUUAGAGGAAUAAAAAGAUUAUAAAAAGGAGAUGACUAUUUCAGCUUCACAUUGUUAUCAAAAACCACAGGAGUAGAAUGAUUAGGGCAACUGUGCCUGGUUAAAACCAGAAAUGCAGUCACACACAAGAUCUCUGUUCCAGCACCAGAAGUGUCUGACCACUCAUGGAUUGCAGCCAAGUUAUCCGUACGCGACUGUGGAAAUGUGCUGCAACUUCUUGUCCGCCCAUCAGUGUGUCCUGGAUCAGUGUGUGUGAAGCGAGUAAAGGAGGAGGCAGGGAAGCAUCUUUGAGAUCACGUCAACACUACACACAGGUCCCAGAGGGAGUGGCUCCUACGCAACUCAACCUUCCUGUGACCUGCUGCCUGGCUCUGGCUGUCCCCAGCAGAGCGAUUCCACGCACAACAGCAUGGCCUGGCCCUGCCCAGGUUACCCAUGUCUCACGCGUUUGUCCCAUUUUUCUCACAGCUCUUUUCAUCACAUAAUGGAAGAUCCCAAUCAAUUUCACUUUCCCAAGGAUGAAGCUAAAAAAUUUUUCCCAUGCCGGCACUGCUGUAUGUCGCAAGUAGACCUACUCACACCGAGAGGGACAGAGAUGAAUAGCCUUCUAUUUGUGGUACACAUUCCUUCCUACUUGUUCACUUUUUUCACCCUUUUCAUUUUUAUUUUCUUUUUAGCCUUAGUCUAGUGCAGUGCUGGAGUCCAAGUACAAAUCCACAGAAACCGAACAGUGCUACCAAGAAUCCACUUCUCUGCAUCAAAUGCCCAUUGAACACGUCUUUUCUCCUGCUCCCUCACAAACACAUUCCUCACUUCCCCUCUUUUGCUCAUCUACAGCUCUGUUGCAGAGUGAGCUAACGGGGAUUGUUAAGUCAGUGUGGUCAUCAGUUAGGCUGCAUUACGGUUCAUUAUUUGAUUUCCCCCACCACUCAGCCGGUCUAAGCCAGCUUCCUCUGUCAAGUUGAAUUUUUCUGUCAAGGCAAAGAAGACUGUGUUAAACUAAGGUUCAUACUGAGGCAUGUUUGGCAUUUAUAUGAGGAUAUAAGUUAUUCCUUAAUCUGAUAAUGUGUGUAUUGUGGUCAUUAAAGAGCAAGGAUGCUUUUAUCUCAUUGAUGAGAAACCUGUUGCUCAGCUGAAGUCAUACCCAGUGUUAUAUUAAAGCAUAGAGAUGUUUUUUAAAACUCAUAAUUAAAUCUUAUUAGUUGCUGA